AUGGACGACGACGACACGCAAGAUUAUAACUACCAACACUAUUAUCCGAAUUACUGGUAUUCAGGAGAGACGACGGGGUUUGAGGCAACGGACAGAGCAGAAGAGGUAAAUCCACUGGACUCACUGCUGGAUAAGAUUGACACCGAAAUAAAAGUAAAGCUCGAUGGAAAAUCCAAAGAACAAUCUAAUGAGAAUAACACAUCUACGUCAACCGAUUCUUCAACCACAUUUCCGAUAGACUCGGCUCCACCACUUCCGUCUUAUCCCCCGCCACUUCCAUCCUACCCUCCGCCACUCCCACCUUCUUCUUCUUCCGUAACUACACAUACACCAAAUUACACAGCAAGUGCCCGCUUUAAUGCUCGUACUGGUCGUUUCCAAAGAGACCCAACGCUAAACCCUGAACGCUUUUCUGCUGAUGCCAAGGCAAUGCGUCAAAUGUCGUUUUUCUUUAAUUAUGAGCAAUAUGCUGAAGAACGAGGACGAAAGAGAUUAAAGGGAGAACAAAAGGAAAAGAAAUUGAACUGA